UCUGGGUGUUCCUGUCACAUACGUGAUUCCAUGUGGAACAGCAAGGGUAAGCACGUCGGAUGCCAAGAAGGCUAGAGAGUUGUCCUUGGGUCAAGGAAAUCUGAGGGCUGAACAUGCCAAAGCCUCAGGACUGUCACUCUCCAUUCCUUUACUGGAUCAGCUGACCGGCGCUGAAUUUAGAGGAAGGGUAACCGAGCAAGUGAGUGAGGUUUUGCUCAGCACUCUUGGCAGUGAUUCCUGCCCUGAAUCUUCAGCUGAGGUAUUUGCCAAAGAUGACCACGAGUCAAACACCAUAGCAGAGAGGCAGACAGACAUCGGUGAGCUUCCUGCCUUCUAUCCAUCCGGCACCCACUCACAGUCUGUCGCUGAUGAUCUUGUCGAUGAUCUUGUCGAUGACUUUGUUGAUGAUGUUAUCGACUCCAUGAACGAAGACUUGGGCCAAAACGCUCUCUCAGCAGCGUAUGACGUUGUUGGAUAUGUCGUUGCGGGGAUGAAAGAUCUUGUGGAGGCAACACGAGUCAUGGGAGGCGUCUCUAUGAGAAGGAUCUGCGCAACAUCGCAAACAAUGUUCUGUGCCAUUCAGAGUGCGGUGAGGAAUCUUUUCUCCAAAUCUGCUUACUCUGACAGUAAAGAGGAGACAACAAUGGCCUCUGCUAGACAUGUCAUCAGCCAAGUGAUAUUGUCCAUGCAGUGUGAGCUUUCUGAUCUUAAUAGUGCAGAAGAUUUAGAGCAAAGAGCACUGAUCCAGAAGAUCCUCAGUGCUUUGUUGCGUGAAGUCAGAAUGACUGGCAUGGAAAUAAAUAAGGACAGGUCACAAAGCCCUCAGUUCUUAAAAACAGUUUCAGACUCAGAAACUGUAGACCUCAUCAAACUUCAUGGCACUCCUGUUCCUCCUGAAGUGGUUGUCAACAUGGAAGGCUCUUCAUUGUCCCCUGCAUGUGCCAAUGAAGCCAUCGCCCAAGUGGUGGACACCGUGUUAGAAAGUGAAAGACUUGUUUCCGUCCCCAACAUAGUGGAGAAAUUGAUCUCUGAAUCAAAAGUGAGGGUAUUCUCCCAUGAUAUUGCGGAUCAAGUCCAAAAGAUCCUAAAAAGCUCUCAUGGCCUCCAGACUAUUUCUGUGCCCGUGGGGAAGAGUCUUUCAGACUCCAUUCUCUGCAAGUUGCCGGCCAGAGCUGAGAGACAGAAUGAAGCUCCAUCUGCAUUUAUUUACACUUAUGUAGAGCAGGCUGUGAAGCAACUCGUAUCAUCAUGGUUGUUCCCCUCAACAUCUUCUGAGGACCAAGAGCGGACCUCAACUUCAUCCGGUAUACUUGACAUGUUCACGGAAGUGAUGGUCAAAGAAGUCAUGGUGACUCUUCCCACAGAGUUUGAGGGAAACGUUGCUUCUGGCAACAGUGACGACUUUAAGAAUGACUAUGCCUCCCUUGUCUCCAUGUUGGUCAUUCGAAUUCUGAGGAAAGUUGAUAGCUUACGCCCUUCCAUUGGCACCCAUCAGGAUGGCGUUCCGGAUAAAGUCCUGGAUAUCUCCAGAGAACUGAUCCAGAAGAUUCUAUGUGAGCUUGACACACGUUUUGGUAUCGCAAGUGAUGAAAGUCAUCCGCAGCAAGUGAAUUUUCACCUGAUGUACCGAAAUGUGUACAAGGAUCUUACCAAAGAGUUUGGGUCUGAAGAUGUGCUGUGUUCUGCCCUGGAAUCACAAGAUCCAUCUUUUGAGUCCUCCCUUGUGGAGAAAUUGACAGGAGAGAUCGGAAGGACUUGUAGCCAAACCCACUUAGCAGUUCAAGCUAGAUCAAAGAAUGGAGCACACAGUCUCCUUGACAGUGAGGGCUCUCAUGUUCCAAGCGCAAGUUCCAUUCAGGUGCAGGCCAUGAAGACUGAGCUGAGGGAGAGUCUGGCCGAGGUCACCAAGGCUCCUGAGUGUGCAGCCAGCCGUCUGGAGAUGGCUCAGGAGGAAGAGACCACAGGGUGCUGUUUCCUCAAGAUGCCCAAGUUCAAGUUCUCCUUCAAGGUAGUUCAGUUUUUGUAA